AUGUUUUCUCCCUCCACGAACGAGGGCGGUCCCGCCACCGCGACGCGAAGCAGAAGAAGGCAGCGACCGGCCAGUAACGAAAGCCUCGCACAGCAACCCAAAGCUAAGCGCCAGCGUCUGCCUCUUACCGAGCAGACCUUCGUGAAUCCUGAUGUGUCCGCGCCCACGGGCCCCGAGAUGUACGAGGUCAAGUCCGACAAAGUUGCGACACUCGACAAACGCCAGGACGGCAUCGAAAACCAGAACCCCAUCACACCCACCCCGAGAAAAGAACUCAGCGUGCGCGCAAAGAAGCCAAAGGGAGGCGACAGACCAACCAAGGGCGAUGGAAGUGUUGUUUUGACCGUCUCCGCGCAGAUGCUUCAGUCAAGUGAAGCCCAGCAACAGGCCGAUAUCUUCUCGAACCGCUACGCCCUCAGCCUCAGCCAUACUCAUGCGAUCGUUUGGCCGUAUACGGAUCCCUCCCAAUCCCCCGAGACAUUCACAUUCACCCUCCCGUAUCCUUCAAAACAUACUUCGGAACCUCUGCCAUUGGGUUGUCUCGUCUCCCCAUCGGCCUCAUCAACAGAGCCCGGCCUGGUUGUUGUUAUGCCCGUCAGCGGUAAGAUCGCGUACUGGGAAUCUAUCACGAGCGCCGCGACUUUGGACUUCAUGAAGAAACAGCGUAAUGGCGUGGAAGGGUCGAUAUCAGGCAUGUUUUCUGGCGAAAAGGUCAUACAAAUCACGAACGCCGAGUCCGCCGGAUUCGUUCUGGCCUUUAGCAGUGGCCGACUAGCCUACAUGAGCGUCCGAGACAGCCACGGUAGACCAACGAUUUCAGUUCAAUUCCUCCGAACAAAUCUGGGUUCUACGGCGGGUGGAAUUUUCGGUAGCAUUCGUCACGCCUUGACGCAAACUGCUGGGCGCGGGGAUAUUGCUGCCGUUCGGGCAGAGCGCACUUCUCGAGUUGGCGAACGUAACGUCGUCGCAGCUACGUUGAAGGGCAGACUUCACGCCUGGAAUGUACACCGCGGUGGACACCAUGACACGAUUGUGGAAGCAGACAUGCAGGAGGAGAUUAUCCAAGCGAUUCGCGACGUUGACCCCUCAGCUACCGACUUCCAGCCAGAGACGUUCGAGGUUGUCGACUUUGCUUUCGUUCCCAAGGGCUUGGAUGCCAAGUAUCGGGACAUGAGCAGACUCAGCAACGCCAUGGCUUCGGAAGAUAAGAAUCUGCAGCAUCUCUUACUUCUCGCCAGCUUCACCAAGAAGAAAGAGUCGCAUUACUCUUUGGUUGAGGUCAUCCUCUCCCCGGCCUCCGCGCAAGUUGGCAUGGUUCGUCCGAUUUCCUCAUACAAGGCGCGCUUCAACCCUGCGAACCCAGUACAGUCCACCAGGCCUCGCCUACAUCUCCCCCGACCGGCCCUUGUAGCUUUCGUCGUUUUCGACAAGGCUGUAGUUGUGGCAUCCAUCGGCAACCCUCCCGAAUCACCAGAUGCUCAGCUCCAAGAGGAUAACCACAUUAUUCCUCCCACUUACGAAGAUGUCAUCACUCUUUCGGACAACAAUCAGUCAGAGAUCUUAGGAUCUGGUUUUGAAGAGCCUCAGACCGCUAAUGCUGGUCAUGAGGAGUCGAGAAGUCGCCAAAAGACGAAGAACCCGGCAGUUGUUCUCAUGGUCCGCGGUACUGGUAUCGUGCGACUCACAACAACAGACAUAGACAGAUUUGGCAGUGACCAGCCCCCCAAAGUCACGCCAAAGAGCAAGCUAGAGCAAGCUGUCUUUUUUGGGAACAAGCAAGAUACCCCCUUGAUUUUCGACGGAAGGAAAGGCGUGCAAUUUUCGGAUGAGGAGGUGUCUGAAGCUGCGUUACAACUCAGCCACGAGAUCAUGAGUUCAGCGACCUCGCACAUUUCAAGUCUGCCCGCAUCUUUAGAAGACAAUCUCAGCACCCGCUGUCAGGCCCUCGAUCGGUUGAUGUCUCACCUCAAGACAACAAAGGUCAAGUUGGACCGUCGUACCCGCUGGCUUCUACUCUCGCAUGCCGAGAAGAUGAUGGUGGCAACAGUUCUGUGGAAGCGUCACGAGGCUUUUACGAACGAGCGACCUGCCAGCGACAAGAAGGACCUGAUUGCCGAGAUUGUCGAGUUCAUUCACCAGGAUGAAAAGACGAACCCGAACCGCAGCGCAGGGGAAGUCGAUCGCGUCAGGCACUGGUUCGUGCAUGACGUUGGUAAGGUCGAGAUCUUCAUCGCGUGGGCCUAUGAAGUGAUCAAGUACAUGUACAAAGACCACAUCAUGGACGAUGCUAAAAUCACUCGACUCAUGUACGAGGCUCAGCAAGUCAAUCUGGUUGCCCUCAUGACAGCGCUAGAGUACCGACAAAAGAAGCUCUCGUUUUACGGACUCGAAGACGAAGAGCUGCAAUUCGGCAUCUUGCGCGACAAUUACGACGGUCUCGCUGAACCCUGGACCGGAUGUCACUACAUUUGCAACAACUUGAAGCGGCUGCUUGAGCUGAGUCACACGUGGCUUGAUCAAUACUACCCUCCCAAGGAGAAGACCAAGGACAAGACGAAGCAGCCUGACCCCGCGCUCCUGGAGAAGAUCAACUUGGAAAUUGCCAAUUUGAGCGAUCUGUACCUCGUGUCAUUGCUCGAGGCAUCUCGAUGGAAUGCUGUACAACAAGACACAAAGGCGCAAAAGUGGUCAGAGCAUCUCUCCAAGCUCUACGAUUCGGACCGAAACGACAAGGUUCUCUCCCUUCUCCGCCUCGGCAAGUGGGAUGAGAGUAUCAACAUCGCCGAGAAGCACCGGUGCUGGAGAGCACUGGCUUUAGCUAUGAUUGAACAGAUCAACAGUCUCAGAAGUGAAGCGACAGUGUCAAGGUCACAAGUCGAUGCUCGCGAACUCACUAAGCAAGCGGAGCUGAAAGAGAGGCAAAUUGGUGUGUACUUUGACAAGUAUGGCGAGGCCUUUGCGUUCCCCACGUACGACAUUCUGCUCGACAAUGCUGGUGUCCAGGCCGUAUUGGACUUCAGUCACGACAACCAUGGAUACAGGACAAGCUUCCUACGCACCAAACCUGAACUCGCCAAGAUUUCGUGGAUCAACGACAUCCAACGUGAGCGUGACAUUGGGCAUGCGGCGGAGACUCUUUUCGACCUUGGUAUUACCCGUGAGCAGCAGGUCUGGAACAAGAAGAUCGAACUUAGUCUCGGAAAGCUAGCUUUGCUAGCUGAAUCUGAGAAGCCUGCCUCAUCCGAUCUCUUCGGCUUCAAGCAAGCCAACGUCGAGGUUGAGGGAACAUCCGAUGAGAAGAUUGAGAUCAUCGACGACCAGCUUCAUCUCAUCAAGAUCCAAGAUCAGCUCUACGCCCAGAUCUUCCCUUCUGUUCAGAUGGCCGUAGAUGAAAGCGCCGAGCUGCAACUCGCCAUGGAAAAUCACUGUCUUCACAUCCCAAAGAAACAAAAGGCAUUGAUCCAAGUCUUCGAGAGCAGCAUGAAAAGGCUCCUUAAGCACGAGGCUCUCGAUGCCAUGUCUCUCAUUGACCUACUCACUCUCGUUCAUCUACCGGGUGAGACGGCCGCCGACAUUGAUGAUCCUUUCUAUCUGGCUCUUGAGGCCGCUUCAUUGGGACUCAAGGGCGAGGAGUCGAAGAUGGCCAAGCGUUUGAUCUGGAGACGCUGCUUCAUCCGCGAUGACUGGACUAAGCUCAACGACACGCAGUUGAAGGACGAUUCGUUCGUUGGAGAGAAGUUGACCAGGACUACGCUCUUCAGUGCUUUCAUUUCCUGCUACCAAAAACGUGGGUAUCACCAAUUCGCUCUCACGAAGCCAGUUGCUAACUACCAAACAGAGAGAAUUGACGAGCCGUUCCAGCCAACGAGGCCUUCCGAUGCGUUGGGAGCAUUCGUGGACGACCUCGACAGCCGCUGGGCCAGCUGGGAGAAGUCUUACCGGGAUAAGCUCCUGGAUGCAAUGAAGUGGGAGGACUCAGUUUUGCGCAAAUACAUUGACAAGGCACGUCUUGAGGAAUGGACUCGCACGACGGCCGAGUCUGCCGAGAUGUUAGUGGCGGAUAGUGUGGAUGAGGCUACUCGGGCUGCCACGGAGGACAUUCCGGACCUGCAGACGAAUGGUAAGGCGAAUGGCCUGCAUUAG